AUGGAGACGAUAUUUAAGGUUCUUCUAAUAGCAAUGCCGCUGAUAUGCGAGAGUCGAAUCAUUUCGGCGCCGAGACUAAAAAGGUUGACUUCAGCCGAACCAAUGCCUAGUUACUAUUACACAAAUAUUAAUGGUGUUCCUGGCACGUACUCCUUUGGCUACGAUAGUUUUGACCCGUCAACUGGCAACACUCAGUACCGUACUGAAGAGCGUUACCCCAACGGCACAGUGGUUGGGAGCUACGGGUUUGUGGAUGCAAGAGGUCAACCGCAGAGGUUCAGAUACGUGGCCGAUGUUAAUGGAUACAGAGUAACAAGUGAUCCGGUGUUCACACCUGUCGAGAAACCAAUACAGCAAUUGUAUAUGGAUACAACCGAGCCUUCCGUGACGUGGUCACGACCAAGAAGACCUAACAGAAACCGAGGAAGCUACUUCAACAAACUUCCAAUACAGAAAACCGUGUAUUCUGCGUCAAAUAACGAAAUACUGCCUGCCUUAGAUUACUAA